AUGAAAAAUAAAACCGUGUUAACUGAGUUCAUCCUUCUGGGUCUAACAGAUAUCCCUGAACUCCAGGCAGCAGUUUUCACCUUUCUUUUCCUUACGUAUUUACUCAGCAUCCUUGGAAAUCUGAUUAUCCUCAUCCUCACCUUACUGGACUCCCACCUUCAGUCUCCCAUGUAUUUCUUUCUCCGGAACUUCUCCUUCUUGGAAAUUUCCUUCACAAACAUCUUCAUUCCCAGGGUCCUGAUUAGCAUCACAACAGGGGACAAGAGUAUCAGCUUUGCUGGCUGCUUCACUCAGUAUUUCUUUGCCAUAUUCCUUGGGGCCACAGAGUUUUACCUUCUGGCUGCCAUGUCCUAUGACCGCUAUGUGGCCAUCUGCAAACCUCUGCAUUACACCACCAUCAUGAGCAGCAGAGUCUGCACCCAGCUGAUUUUCUGCUCUUGGCUGGGUGGGCUAAUGGCUAUUAUACCACCAAUCACCCUGAUGAGUCAGCAGGACUUUUGUGCAUCCAACAGGCUGAAUCAUUAUUUCUGUGACUAUGAGCCUCUUCUGGAACUCUCAUGUUCAGACACAAGCCUCAUAGAGAAGGUUGUCGUUCUUGUGGCAUCUGUGACCCUGGUGAUCACUCUGGUGCUAGUGAUUCUCUCCUAUACAUUCAUUAUCAAGACUAUUCUGAAGCUCCCCUCUGCUCAGCAAAGGACAAAAGCCUUUUCCACUUGUUCUUCCCACAUGAUUGUCAUCUCCCUCUCUUAUGGAAGCUGCAUGUUUAUGUACAUUAAUCCCUCUGCAAAAGAAGGGGAUGCAUUCAACAAGGGAGUAGCCCUACUCAUUACUUCAGUUGCUCCUUUGUUGAACCCCUUUAUUUACACCCUAAGGAACCAACAGGUAAAACAAGCCUUCAAGGAUAUUGUCAAAAAGCUUGUGAAUCUUUAA